AAACAGGGUACUCCAUCAUUGCUUGAAAUUACACUGAGGUUAAGCACAGAAAUGAAUUCUUCAACAUCAUUGCUUUUCAUUUUUGCCACUAUUAUCGUUGCUCCGGCCAUAGUUGACGCUCAAUGCACUACCACAGCUGACUACUGCUGGAGCUGUAAUACUACUACUAAUGCCACCACCACCUACAAACAAAACCUCAACACACUCCUCGUCUCUUUGUCUUCCAACAACCAAGCCAACUACGGGUUCCUCAAUUUGUCUCUGGGAACUGGCACCGACAAAGUGAAUGUAAUUGCACUCUGUAGAGGAGACCUUGCCCAAGACCAGUGUCGUAGUUGUUACGGCCAAGCCAACAUCUAUCUCUCACAGAAUUGCUCUAAUCAUCACGAAGCAAUCAUAUGGGCCCAGGGUUGCACUGUUCGAUACUCGAACAUCACCAUGUUCGGAAUCGAAGAAGACGAGCCCGGUUGGUUGUUGUCGAGCCCUAACAGUGCGUCAAACCCUGAAGAUUUCAAGCUGGUGCUUAAUCCCUUGUUGGAAACUUUGAGCCAAAAUGCAUCAUCAGGGGAUUCGAUGAAGAAAUUUGCAGCAGGACAUGCGCCUGUCCCUGCAGGAAGUGAAACAAAUCAAACCAUAUAUGCAAGUGCUCAGUGCAGUCCUGAUCUGGACAAGCAAAAGUGCAGUGAUUGCCUUGAAGAUUCUAUUAAGGAAAUUCCCACAUGUUGUGAAGGAAAGGAUGGAGCGAGGGUUCUUAAACCCAGCUGUAUUUUGAGGUUUGAGAAAGGAAUUUUCUAUGAGCCUUCAGCUGAUUCGCUGAUAAAUAUUUCUACAGCCACUCCGCCUACAGCCACUCCGUCCCCUGCAGCUCCACCACCUACAGCCACUCCGCCCCCUACAGCCACAGAAGGUAAUAAUACAAGUAACAUAACGAUAGAAGUGUCACCAUCAUCGUUCUUCCAAUUGCUACUUUUAGUAUUAUGCUUAUCAUCAGCAUUGGCCUUGUUUUAGGACGAGAAGGAAGGAAAAGGGCCAAACUAGGAAGUUUAAAUUUGUGCAAGUCCGUAUUUCUACUUAUUUGAAUUUGGACCCUUAAGACAACUGAGAUAUCCUAUUGAAUUGGCCGAAAAUUGUAACUCUAUUUUUCUUUUCAAAUAAUAUGUACUACGUAUUUAUGUGCAUAUGCACAAAAAUACGUGCAUAUGCAGUCAUAUAAAUUGCAAGUUGAUAUUUGAUCUCA